CCAUCAUCGUGUUUAUGUAUUGUUGUGUUUGUUUUAAUAUAAAAAAGUUGUUUUUGUAAUUUUUCAUUUAAUCUCUAUAAAAUUAUCAUUUUUUACAUUAAAAUUUAAAAUUGCACUUUGAAUCACUAAGGAAUAAAAGCGAAAUGGUGGUACUUGAAUCUUGUUGGUCUCCCUUUAUUUGGACGGAUAAUGUGAAAACGGGCUCGUUAUGCGUUGCUUUUUACACGACAGCGUUAUCAGUUGUUCUAACAACUCUGACUUUAUAUGCGAUGUUAGGUGGAGACUCUUCGCAACUGUACUCGCCUCUAUUUGAAACUGAUAUACGACUGUCCAUGCAAGUUGUAGGGACCAUUUUCAUAUUUUAUUUCUUGAUCUUAAUUGCUUCAUCUGUUGGGGUUUACCACGCAACUAAAAUUAAUGUAAGAGGAUGGUUACUACCUUGGAUGAUAACUGCAGGAAUCGGCAUUGCUUUUCAAAUCGUUUUCUCUUUAUGGUUGAUUGGCGGUUACUAUAUAUAUCUUGAAGCCACCUUUGCUGCAUUAGUAAAUUUCUUCUGGACAGCAUAUCAUAUAUAUUGUUGGUUAUGCGUGAUGUCAUUAUAUCAAAUAUAUUUAAAAACUCAAAACCCAAAUAUAGAGCUAUUGAUGCCUUAAACAUUCUAAAAAAUUUUGACAAAUUCCAUUUUAACUUUAGUUUUAAGAUUUAUGAGUUAUGACAAAGAGCAUUUAAACUCGAAUAUGAUAUCAUUUAAGACGAAAUUUUGCUAAGACAAAUUUUUUAUAUAUUUAUACAAAGUUAUAUAUAUUGUAGUAAUAAUACCGUCCAA